AUGCCACGCCCCUCUCAUUCCCUAUGGGAGCUGUUUGACAAGCUCAAGAUCCAUCCGACCUGGGGAUAUGUUAUCUACCGUACAACCUACUCCUCCGAAUCUACCGCACACUUCUCUACCGUGAUCAAGUAUCUCGAGGCGUGCAUCAAAAAAUCAUUCUUUGCAGAAGCAGCAGAAUGUGCCAACGAAAGCACCGGGGUAGAUUCCGCGAUUUACUCAGGAAUCCGGGCCCGACACAGCCUUACUGUUAUCGAAGAUAUGACGCAGUUCGAUGGGGCAUCAAUUGAUUCGAUUCGCGCACAUUUCGAGGGGUGGGUAGAUGCACAAGGCCAGCGUGAUAAAUUCAAUAAAUAUCGAAUGUGUAUCGUCAUUGACGAGGAAUGCCUCCAGACGCUACUAGGUGUAUCUGCGGAGUCCCUAGAGCAGGAAACCGAGUACCAUCGAGAUGAUACUAUACGGUAUGUGAAGGUUGUUGAAGCGUGGCCGGAUCUGGACGGAAGUUACGACUUCCCUGGAUGGAUGAAGUGUUGGUCGCGCGUGUUAUGGGACCUUUGGAAGAUGAUGUGCGAUAGUGAUGACAUGAUUCUCUCUUGGGACAAAAUCGAUGAUUUCUGCCCUGGGGUAUAUUGUGGAUGA